AUGGGCUUGGAAGAUCUCGGGUUCAGCACGAGUGUGGCGACUUGCCUCGUAUGGGCAUUGCGAGCGCUGCUGCCAGUGGCACUGUUUCUGAUUUGGUAUGCCACGCAGCCGCCGCCGGAGCGCUACGAUCGGACCCAGCUCUUGGCCCUGCGACAGGCACCUGGCAAGAGUCCGCCUGCAGAGCUGCAAUCGCUGCAUCUUCAAGAGGUCCAUGUGGAGCCCCAGACUGCAGCCCGCCCCCCGCGCAAUCCGCGAGGCGGCCCGGUCGUUCCGAAGGAGGCGACCACGGAUGGCGCAGCUAAGGUCACGUGUGAGGCGUCGAAUGCCGAGAAGGACCUGCAGCCCAAGGCAGCCGUGGUCCAG